AUGAAGGAACACCUUAAAUCAUCACUGGAAAUAAUAGAUACACAUUAUCCAAAUAAUGGCAUAGUUCUGGCUGGUGAUUUUAACCAACUCGAUUUUAAAUCAACUGCGAAACUUUUUAACUUAAAACCUGCUAUAAAUUUCUCUACUCGAGGAAUUAAUACCCUUGAUCAGAAUUUUACAAAUCUUAAAAACUUUUAUAAUCCAGCAGAAAGUGGUCCACCGUUUGGCUUAUCUGAUCAU